AACACCAAACAUCAUGAACAUUUCAUCUGGAAGUGGUACACAGGUGACAAGCACGGCAACUGCUAGUGUAAAUGCUGUAAAACCUGCACUAUCGAACGCCAGCAAACAACAGUCGUCACAGCCAACUCAGCAACAACAACAACAGCAACAACAACCAAACAUUCAGCAACAAAGCCAGGGUCAGCAACAACAACAACAAUUACAUGCCCUGAAUCAGGUUCAACAGGCCCAGGCCACUGCUAUGAUUGGAGGAAAACCAAUCAUUUUAGGACAAGCAGGUUCCCUUCUACAGGGCCAGAUAGGAGUGAUAUCAGCGGGACAAUUACAGACAACACAAGCAUAUGCUACAGGACAAACGUUUGGACAAAUACAGUCUAAGCAAGGUCAGCAGAUUGGCAUGGCAACCAAUUCUGGUCAAGGUCAAGUACAGUUGAAUAGUUCACAGAGUCAAAUACGCUUCUCUCAACCCCAGUUACUGGUCAGUAAUGCCGGAAAUGCACAGUUGAUCUCGUCGCAACCUGUAUUCACCAACCAGAUGUUACAGGCCAUGUCCCAGUUACAGCAUUUCCCACAGCAGCCCAUAAUGUCAGCCCAAGGUCAGACACCCACAAUUAUUUCUGGUCAAGGACUGUACAUCAGGUCAGCCAAUCCAGUUCAAGCUCAAGGCUUAGUAACAGGUGUCCAGACAGCCAUGAACACAAACUUCAAAAAUCCAAAUCAACAAACACUGCAGACUGUGGCAGUACCCAUACAGAAGCAAACAACUGCAGCGCAGACAGGUAAAGUUCUCCUUCCAUCAGUGUCAAAACCUGUCACUGCGAAGGUUCCGCCCACCAGCAUGACCGGCACUGCUAAAACUGGCACCCAGACGAUGCCCAAACCCAAGGGAAGACCAAAAGGGACAGGCAAAUCAUCACCAGCUGUAACUUCAACAGUCACAAGUCAGAUUAAAUCAGACCCCACCCAGUCUCCCUCCUCCAAACCAUCAACACCAACCACAAGCCUGCCUGUGUUUGGGUCACCUGACAGCAAGAGCCAAUCAGAUUCAGAGGUAGAUAGGAAAUCAGCCAAUGAGGAAGCAGCUUCUGAAGAUGCUGACAAUUCUGCAGGAAGUGAAAAGAUUGAAGCUAAACAACUGGAGAUGGAGAUGAAGGAAGCUCCAGUUGUAGAGUUAGAGAUCAAGCCAGCUUCCAUACCGGAUCAUCCUGUGGAGAAACAGAGGGCCAUUGUUAAACCCCACAUACUGACACAUGUAAUUGAGGGAUUUGUUAUACAGGAGGGGCCAGAACCUUUCCCAGUUCAGAGGUCAUCAUUGCUGACAGAAUUUAUUCCACCGAAGCCUGGCCAGCCUGUAGAACAGUCAUCGUUGAUCUCAAUGGAUGAGGAAGAUAUGGAGGAUGACGGUGAUACGAGUCACGAAGAACAAGGUCCACUUAUGGGACAGAAAUCUUUGCGAUGCGAAUACUGUAACAACAUUUAUAACAGCGCUAAUUCAGCUCAGAGGUUUUGCUCGAAAUCUUGUGCUAAACGUUACAAUGUGGGGUGUACAAAAAGGCUUCACCAUUUUCCAGGCAGAUCAAAAGAUAAGGGAAGCAGGAUUCUCAAGAGGAAAAGAAAAGGCAAGAAAGGUUGGCAUGGCAGCAGACUACAGAGCUCUAGUUCUAUGGGUGUGGCUGAUGUCGACAUGGAGGAUCAGAGCAGCUCACUGAGCCAAGAAGACACACCCUCCCCAUCAACAUCCCCGGACCAUAACUUACAGACUCCGCCUCCUGAGCUACAGAUAGAGGGAGAGUACAUACAGCCUCUCACUAGUCCUACAAAAUGGAAUGUGAUGGAGGUUUAUGAGUUUAUAAAGAAUCUCCCUGGUUGUGGCAUGUACGCUGAUGAGUUUCGGUCUCAGGAGAUUGAUGGACAGGCAUUACUCUUAUUAAAAGAGGACCAUCUUAUGACAACAAUGAACAUGAAGCUUGGACCUGCGCUGAAGAUAUGUGCUAGAAUUAAUGCAAUUAAAGAGGAAACUGGUUGAAAAUAUUUGCCAGAUUUGCUUCUGUGUAAAAAGGAAACUGGCUGAAGUUAUUUGCCAGAAUUAAUUCCCUAUAAAAGGGAAGCUGGCUGAAUAUAUAUGCCUGAAAUGAUUUCCUUUAAAAAGGGAAACUGGCUUAAAUUAUGUACCAGAGUUAAUGCAGUUAAAAAAGGAAACUGGCUGUACAUUUUAUGCCCAAAGUAAAACAGUCCAAUAGGAAACUGGCUGUAAAUAUGUGCCAAAGUGGGAUGUAGAUAGAUCAUAGGGCAACUUGCUGGAAACUUAAGCUGGAAGUAAUGCAGAUAAAUAGGAAACUGGAUUUUUACCAGCGUUAAUUGCAUUAAAGGAGGAAACUGGUUGAAAGAAAUCGAGCUUCAAAUCCCAGUGUAAAUAUAACCUGUAAUAUUUGCUACUGAUACAAGAAAUAUCUGAUCAGACAAAUCUUCAACAUGAAAACAAGAAUAUUAUGUUUUGAAACAUAUAUUGUAAUAAGAAAGAUAGUCGGUGAGAAAAGGCAUUCUGGUGAAGUUAAGAGAGUUUCCGAUUAAAAGAGAUGGUAAAAUGAUAUUUAUUUUUUGUAACAUAGGAGGUUCAGAUCUGUUGAAAAAAGGCAAGAGUUAAGACGUUUUAAUAAAUAUAGAAUGUUCUUAUAUAAAAAAAGAUUUCUUUUUCAAACAAGUGAUAUUCUCUUCUGUGUGUCUGUCUGUCCAUCAUUUGGUCAGUCUUUCCAUCCACAUUUUCAUGUCCAGUCCAUAACUCUUUCAGACAUCAAGGGAUCUUAUUACUUGGUACAAAUUUUCCUCAUAACAAGAAAAUGCUCAAACCAGUAGCUCAGAGGUCAAGGUCUUACCUGGAGGUAAAAAAGUUACCAGGUUUUUCUCCUGUCCACUCUUUAACAAGAUCAACCAUCAAUAAGGAAAUUUAAUAUUAUUUGGCACAAAUGUUUCUCUUAAUGAAUUGAUAUGUCAUUUGCAACUACAAGACCCCUAGCACAGAGGUCAAGGUCAAAGGAUAAAAGGAUCUUUUUUGUGUCUGCUCCAUACCUCCAUCAUCCAGAGAUUUUAAUAUUACUUGGCACAAAUGCUCCCCAUAACAAGGGGAAUGUCUCGAACAAGACCCAGACCCCUUGCUCAAAGUUUAAAGUCUCACUUGGAAGACAAGAAAUUUAAGUCAUUUCCUUGUCCAGUCUCUGUAAAGACUAGUAUGAAUUCUAGUGUUAAAAGUUAUCAGAUAAUUCCUAUUUUAGGUAAUUGUGUAAAACAUGAACCAAGCUGAAACAUUUAUUUAUUUGAAAUUGUCAUUUUUUGUUGUAGGAGGCAUUUUGUUAAUUAAUGUGCGAUUAAAUGCAUGUUUGUUAUUGCAGUCAUUUAGCCUAAAACUUGUUUGCCUGAAAUAGGUCAUCAGAGACUUAACUUAUUUCGUAUAGAACCUUAUUUGCACUUUUUCACUGCUAGAAUGCAUUGUUUAUAUUCUGUGGAUGCAACUUUUUUCAGAUCAUACUAAAAGUAGGGAUUCAUUGUGCUGGGAAGAGCAAAAUAUGCAUCUUUCUUUAGAGUGUCAGACCACCACUGUCUGGUAGGUUACUAGGCACUAUUCAACUCUGUAUUUCCUUUCUGUUUUUUUUUUUUGUCAGUAAUGAGCUUUCGUGAAAAGCAGAAGAAGGAAAAAGUGGUGUUCUAUAAAGAUGCACAAAUAAGACCUUAAGUUGUCACUUUUUAUAUGAAACAAAGAAGGGUUUAAAUUAGUGAUCUGUAGCCUGAAAGAAGUCAUCAGAAGCAUAGGGGGAAGUACCUACCAAAAUUAUUCUCAUUUUUUAAACAUUUCAGAGGAAUGUAACUAUUUACUUGUAACACCAAUUUCAACUGUUUUGUGAUUCUUUUGUUGUUGCUAUGUUAGGCAUGUUAUUAUCACCCACCAUGCAUCACACAGCAGGAGGGUAAAUUUAACACUUCAUGUGUCAUUAUUUGACCAUGAGUCUGUUUGUCUGAAAUAUUGUGGUAAAUUACAACUCCUGUUUUAAAUGAAAUACUGUGGAUACUCGGCAAAGUCAAAAGAAAAUGACUAAUAAUAUUUUAUGUUACAUAUAUUUAUUGAAUUCUAUUUUUCAAAAAAAGUUCCAUGUUAUAGCAAAAUGUAUUAUUUUUGUUACAUUUGUUUUACUUGUGUGCUGAAAUUUGAAUUACCAAUACUUCGAUUGCAUGGCAUGAAUGAAAUACAAAUGUACUGUCAUCUUUAAAAAUUGAAUUGAUGUAUGUUUGUAACUGUUUAUUGAAAUACAUGUUGGCCAGUGCUUCUUCAGAAUGGAAAAUAUUUUUUAUCAUGAAGGUCUUUGGUUACUGUAAAUCGGAAUUAUUUGCAAGGUCUUAUUUUUCAGCUCAUUGAGCACAAAGUGUCAAGAUGAACUAUUGGGAUUACCCUGUUUCAUUGGCAAUGGUGGCAUAAUGAACAGUUAAGAGACUGCAGGUUGAACCAAGUCUGAAUGAAACUAGGUUACAAUGUUUAACCUCAAUAAAGUCUUGGUCAAAUUUUAAAUUUUAAAACCUAGGUCAAAUGAUAGAAAAGCUUUUUAACAAACCAAGAAGCUACAUUCUCUUCCAGGUCUUCAUAAUAGUUCACCAGAGACUUUUCUUUAAUCUGUGUCAAGUUAAAGAUUUGGUGAACACCCCUUUGAAUAUUAAGUGGUACUUACCAAACUGAAUGAUGGACCAGUUCAUUUUAGAAAUUUAGCAGGGUAAAGGUUAAGAUUCAAAAAGAUCCUGCUACUACCCAUAGAGACCUUUGAAUUGAUGUAUAGUUCAUAUCUUGAUCUUGCAAAGUAAAAGUGCAAUUUAUGAAAAACUGUGUAGCCGUAUUACAGUUUUAAAUCAGACAGUAGAUCGGCAAUAUAAAAAAAUAGGUCAUAGAUUAACCUUGUUCACACUGUAGAAGCCACAUUUUCUAUAUGAUCUACAUUAAACCAUGUCAGAAAGAUUAAUAAAAUCUAGGUUAAAUUCAAAAGUAGGAAAAUUUCGGUCAGAUAUGCGAUACAGGACCUUUAUGGUCCUCGAAUUUAGCAGCUUUUAUUUUGCAUGAAAGUUAGUCAUUGCGAGAACAUAAUUAUACUCGAUUACUUUUAAUGGAGAAAUUAACGACAUACAAGAUGAUUUAGCAUAAUAAAACUGAUUCCAAAUGCCAGGAAAUUUUAGUCACCUGAAAGUAACUGCUAUUACAAGAUUUUUCAUUAUGAGAAUGUUCUAUUAAUGUGCCAUGAGGAAGCAUGCUUUUCCAUCCAUAAUCAUGAGCUCCUGUUUUACACAAUGUAUAUUUUACUGUACAUAUUUUUACACAGAUCUCAUUACAUCAUGUUGUGCUUACAGCUUAUACAGCAUUAAUCGAAUGGAAAAAAAAAACAUAUUAAAGCAUUAAAAUAGUAUAUUUUGAAA